UAAAAAUGAAGACCAGCAUUAUUGUGUUAGCCUUAGGACUUCUGACAGCCUCAUAUUUCAUCAUGACUCCUUCAGUUGACUCUGUCGAGACUGAAUUCCAACAGUUCUUGGGAGAAUACGGUAGGAACUACUUCAGUGAACAUGAGUACGCCAUGAGGCUUCAGGUGUUCAGAGAAAACUACCAGACUAUUCAGAGAGUUAAUAGCGAAGAAAGAUCUUAUACUCUUGGCGUCAACAAAUUCGCUGACUGGACCAACCAAGAAUAUAGAAAUUAUCUAACCUACAGAGAAUCAGACAAGACUGGAGUCGAAUAUGCCACUCUCAAAGGGCAAUUUGAUGACGAAGUUGACUGGAGAGAUAGCCCAACACUCAAUCCUAUUCAGGACCAAGGAUCUUGUGGUUCUUGUUAUGCUUUUGCAGCCUUAGCUGGUAUCGAGCAUGAAACUUACUACUUCAAGCCAAGCCUCCAGAAAUACUCUGAACAACAGAUUGUUGACUGCUCUAGAGAUUAUGGAAAUGAAGGAUGUAAUGGAGGUCUUAUGACUAACGUUUAUGAGUACCUUCGUGAUUUCCCAAUCUGUAUCGAACAAGAAUACCCAUAUAUCGGAAAAGAAUCUGAUUCUUGUGCCGAGAGCUCUUGUGUCACCGUUGAUGAUGUAAUUAGGAAGUAUGCUCAGAUCCCUGAGAAUAGCGCUGAUGCUCUGAAGGAGAUUGCUACUUAUAGUGUUCCAGCUAUUGGUAUCGAUGCUGGAUCCAAAGAAUUCCAGAUGUACAGUAGCGGAGUCUUCGACUUUGAAGAAUGUACAACUAACCUCAACCAUGCUGUCGCUAUCGUAGGAUAUGGACAUGAUGCCGAUGCAGACAAGGACUUCUUCAUCAUCAGAAACUCAUGGACUGAAGGAUGGGGAGAAAGUGGAUACAUGAGAAUUGCUAUUGGAAAUGAAGACAAUGGUGGAACCUGUGGCUUCCUUAAGGAUAUGUCUUACAUUCAAUACAGAUGCUAA